CACCCCGCGGUGGCUCCGUUCUUCGCAGCUGCUUCCAGCCGGCUUCUUCCCCGCCCCGUGUGGGCUUUGGGUCUCCUCCCUCUCGGUAAGGAGGAGCCGACUAGGGCCGCCCGUUCUUCGCCAGCCUCUGCCCGGAAGCCUCUUGGGCGCUUCCGCACUCCGCUGCGCACCCCGGGGCGGACAGAGCCUUCAGCCGAGGCCUCCAUGGCUGCCAUCGUCCCCCAUUCGGACUCCUCUGGCACGGACGUCUUCGCCACUCGCCACGGUUCCUUCAUUGUCCGCUCAGACCUGGGUUGCUUCCUUCAAGCUCUCGACUUCUGCUCUGGGCAGGCCCUCAAGGUGUGGGAUCUGCACCCUGCCUGCCGUGGCGGGGACCACUACGUGGGAGACCCCACCGGGUCCGCUGUCUAUCUCCUCCGUGGGGACUCGUUCUGCAAAGUGCCGGACUUGAGCUCCGAGCCUCCUUCCAGUACCCUUACACUGCACCCCAGCUGCCAAGGAGGUGACCAUUAUGCCUCCUGUGAGGGUCGUUUCUUUGUCUUCUUCCUGACGCGUGGUGUAGUCCUCUCCGUGGCCGAUCUGGCCACUGGGGCCACGGCUAAGGAAGCUUCCUUGGAGCCCUCAAUCCUCGAUGGACUGUACUACUACGGUGCCGAUGCCACCCAUCUCACCUGCUUGAAGAUGGACGAAGAAAACGGUCUUCGCGGCCAUCGCUUUUCUACAACAGGACACUCAGAGGUCUUCUCUGUCCACCCUGAUGUUGUCUCUUUCCUCCCCGGUGGUCUUUCGAUCACCUAUGGGCCUGCCUUUGGGGCAUGGGAGUGUCUUAAGCUCAUCUCCAAUGCCACAGAUUUGCCAAUGCCCAGCAACCACGAAAUCACCCGCAAAGUCGGGUACUCCAAGUUGAUGUGGACCCAGAAAUAUCCCGUCUCCGGAUCGGUAGAUUCCGAGGCCUUGGCCAUCUCCCUUCUGCAGCGCCAGUUUUUCCUCCCCACCACUAAUGGUGGGAUGGGACUUCGGACAGAACAGGAGGAGUGGGAAGAGGUAGCGGAAGAAGGGGAGUCUUUGCGGGUGAUCUUGCAACCCAGGCAGAAGCUCUACUGGUGGCACUACCAGCUGGGGUUAGGCAAAGAGCCCAUCUUGUUCUGCCGGUCGCUCAAGGUCACCCGCAGCCCUUCCCCACCUACCCACAUACCUCUGCCCCUGGCUGAUUCUUGAUCCUAGGACUAAAUGACAGAAGAGUGAACCUUUAUUUCUUGGGAGCAGGGGUGAAAAUAAAAGAGAUGAACUUCCCCUACUCUUGGUCCAGUGUUGUUAGCAUUUCACCAAACUGGUAAUUGUCUUUCUCCCAUGUAGAAGAGCCAUAGGUCACCAAGGAGUGAUCUAGUGGACAUCCAUGAAAUCUCUACAGAUCAUACAAUGUCGCAAGGGUGGACAACUUCUUUCAGCCCGGAUUCCAUUUCGUGGAAGCUCUUGGGGGCUACAUCCCAAUUAUGGGCAAGGCAAAAGGGCCAGGGGCUAAAAAUGCCAGCCUAUUUUAGAUAAAAGUUCUUACUGCCAGUAACUCAGCGCUAGGAGAGGCAGUUCAGGCUGUUAGAAUAGGGAAAACUUGCACAAAAGCUUGAACUACCAAACAAUUGAAGGUUACGGUGGGGGAGGGGGCAGACGUGGUCAUCUGGUGAAUUCCGGAGGACUGGAUUUGGCACCCAUUCCUGAAGUUCCCCACCCUUACAAUAUAGUAGUAGUAGUAAUAAUAAUACCAUGCAAUUGACUAGACAUCAUUUAUAUACAAAAAACACACUUACCUCAUCGACAUAGCAAUACCUAAUGACAAAAGUUGCAAUACCUAAUGAAAAAAAACGUUGUAGAAAUGGAAAAGGAAAAGAGAGUUCUUUAUGGAAGUUAAAGAACUAUGGCAACAGGAAAAGGUCACAAUUAUUCCGUUAGUCACGGGCAUCACAUCAAAAAACCGCACCGAAAACCUUCAGAAACUGGGCCUACCAAAAUACCUCCACACCAACAUCCAGAAAGCAGUCAUACUUAAAACAUGCUCAAUUGUCAGAAAAUGCCUGAACCAGUAAAAGACAGCAUGACUUGGCAAAGCCUAUCAUGUCCGUCCCGAAAAACCACCACGAGUGAGAAAAGAGAUAA